CCUUCUUGUUCAGCCAUUUCAGCGGCAAAUGCACCGUACACCCGUGACUCACAUGGUGACAACAGCGCUGCAAUUAUGUGUGCUGGUAUCCAUGACCUGAAGACUCAAGCUCAUGUGUAAGAGUCAUCCAAAUAACCGCAGGUGGUCUUGUCCCUGAAGAUCGCUUUCUGCUGGCGAUCGAUCUUAAAGCCUAAUCAGACAAUAAUUUACCCCACAACGACUCUUGAGAGUUUUUGUCCCGCUACCCAUAACAAAUUGGAGUCUUGGUCAGUGAAGUCAUCGUUGAUCACAGCUCAACGGCAACAAAAUCUUGGUGAACUACUACACAUUCCUCCCACCGGGGCGCAUCGUAUCAUGUCUGAGCCAGGUAGUAGUCUCGACGGUCCGUCCUCCAGGCCCUCUGCGAACCGUGAGCGCGGCGGUCGGCCGAAUCAGUCUGAGAGCGGCGGGUCUCAAAACACCUACGAUGGUCGUGGUCGCGGUGCUGGUUCCAGAGGUAAUCGAGGUCAAAGAAGAGGCAGAGAAAGAGGCCAGGGAAAUGGCAAUGGCCAUGAUCGAGAAAAUACUUCCUCUGCCACAUCACAACCCCAGCCUUUUGAGCCCGCAGCGCAAGGCAGCUCUGGCCAACCUCCUGGCGGCAGCUUCGGUGCUCGCCUAACCGAAGCUGCCUCGAAACCCAUAGGCGACUCAAGUGGCUCUCAACCUCAAGCCAGCGAACAAGAGGAGGAAGGCGAGGUGUGUUUCAUAUGUGCGAGCCCCAUCGCGCACGUCUCAAUUGCACCCUGCAACCACCAAACAUGCCAUAUUUGUUCCCUGAGGUUAAGGGCACUGUACAAGACACGCGCGUGUGCUCAUUGCAGAACAGAGGCGCCAUUUGUGAUCUUCACCGACAACCCGGAGAAACGAUUCGAGGAAUUCCAUGACAACGAUUUUGUCAAGCUUGACGACAACUUGGGAAUCAAAUACGAGAAGGACGUCAUACUGGAAGAUACAGUCCUCCUCCUUCGAUACAACUGUCCAGACAGGGACUGCGAUGUUGCCUGUCUAGGAUGGCCCGACCUGCAUCGACACGUCAAGACCAAGCACGGGAAGAUGAUGUGCGACCUAUGCACGAGAAACAAGAAAGUGUUUACCCACGAGCACGAACUCUUUACCUUCGGGGAACUUCGAAAACACGAAAAGUACGGGGACGACAACCCUGGCGCAGUGGACCAGUCUGGGUUUAAAGGACAUCCGGAGUGCGGCUUCUGCAAGCAGAGAUUCUACGGGGACGACGAACUCUACACCCACUGCAGAGAGAAACACGAAAGAUGCCACAUCUGCGACCGAAGAAAUGGCGGAAGAAAUCCGCAGUACUACCUGAACUAUCAAGAAUUGGAAAAGCACUUCGAAGCAGUACACUUUGUCUGUCUAGACGCUGAGUGUCAAGCCAACAAGACCAACGUCUUUGAAUCAGAGAUGGACCUGAAAGCUCACCAACUGUCAGAGCACCCCAACGGCUUGUCCAAGGACGCCCGCAGAGACGCACGUCUGGUCAAUCUUUCUGGGUUCGAUAUUCGAACACCGUAUCAACCACAACGUCGUGGUGGAGAGAGAGAAAGUCGGGGCGGCGGAAGAGACAGAGAAAGAGAAGGUCGUGGCGCUGGAAGAGGGCGGGACCCGAACGCAGAGCCACUACCCAUGUCCAGCGCCCAGCCUGUCGGUCGGGCUGAACUUGCAUAUCAAAGACAACUCGCCAUCAGCAGUUCUCAAUCUGUGUCCAAUAGAAAUUUCGGCGGACAGCUCACACAAGCUGCACCAACACCUCGUGCUCAUCCUGCAACUGCACAGCAACCACGACCCUCCACACCCACUCUCGAAAACCUCACUUUAGACUCCUCCACCCCGUCGCCCGCCAACUUGACUCCUCAAGAACAAGCACGCGCCGUCCGCCAUCAAACCGUCACGGACCGCGCCUCAACUCUCCUGAAAAACGACAAAACCAAACUCUCACAAUUCCGCACCCACGUCUCCGCAUACCGCAGCGGCACCACCUCCGCAAACGACCUGAUCGACUCAUUCUUCUCGCUCUUCGACUGCCCCAGCACCGAGCUGGGGAAAUUGAUCCGCGAACUCGCCGAUCUGUACGACGAUGACACCAAGCGCCAAUCCCUGCUCGAAGCGUGGAACAACUGGCGUAGCAUCAACGAAGACUAUCCCAGCCUACCCGGUCCAAGCGGCACACUGCCAGGCGUAAGCAGUGGUAGCGCAACCACUGGCCGACGUGUCUUGACGUUGAAAAAAAGCACAGCGCAGUCGUCUCGAUCUGCCGUCUCGAGACAAGGAUCAUGGGGUAACGCCCUUUCCGCAGGCACAAGUCGCGACCCGUUCCCUGCCCUGUCAGCUACCAACGGUAGACCGGGUGGCAAGACGGGGCCGUCGUCGCAAGCUGCUUGGAGCAAUACUCCAGCACCGCAGAUCAAUAACACGACACCCAGCGCCACGCCUGUAAGUCGGCCUGCUCCGGUCACCUCGGCAUCACAGCUCCGCGCAUCGACGCGGAACAACCCGCCUCCCAGACAGACGGAGGACAUGUUCCCGUCGUUGCCCGCGGCUGCAAAACCCAAUACCUUGAUGGCAGGCUUCUAUACCCGUGGAUCCGGGCGGCUAAUGGGAUCGAGCCACAAUUCACCUGCUGGCUCAGGUACAGCCACGCCAGUGAAUGCUUGGAGCAACGGCGGAUCAGCACCAACCCCGGCACAGGCUGCUGCAGGUUAUGAUGGUGAAGCCGGUGGUGCUGGCGAAGCCAUGGGCAAGAAGAAAGGGAAAAAGUCCAAGAAGGGCGAGACUUUGUUCCACUUUGGAUAGACCUUGUCUAUGUAUGGCGUGCGGCAAUUUCAUUUCUAGAGAGUCUCAUCGGGUUAGCCACAAUUUACUGCUGAGUCACGAUGAGGUACGACCCGUGGAAAAGUUCAAGCGUUCUU